AUGUCACCUGCUAAAUCCGGUCGUGGGGCUGGAGGUGGACGGUUUUCGAGUGCAUCUAAGGGAGGUGCUCAGAGAGGAAGUGGCCAGAGAGGAGGCCAAAGUGCUAGGGGACAAGGCAGAGGCAUUCCACAGGGAGGCCAAACCUCCACUUCCCGAAUAACGUGCGGAUAUUGCGGGAAACUGAACCAUACAGAGGAUGAAUGCUGGAGAAAGGCUCGGAAGUGCCUAAGGUGUGGAAGUACGGAGCACCAGAUAGUCAACUGCCCGUUGAUCAGUGAUACUCAGUCGACUGCCAAGUCAAACCCAAAGCCGACCAAUGUCGGAGGGACUAGGUCGAGAGUUUCGGCCAGAGUGUAUUCGCUGGACCAACAAUCGGUGCCUGAACCAAUGGAGGUGGUAGAAGGUCAUAUAAUUUCAAAGGAUGGGCUUGCUGUAGACCCAGCGAAAGUGGAAGCCAUAGCCAAAUGGAAGCGGCCAGAGAAUCCCACAGAGGUGCGAAGUUUUCUAGGAUUAGCAGGGUACUACCGCCGAUUUAUAAAGAACAUCUCGAGAAUUGUGGGACUCUUGACUAACUUGACAAAGAAACAAGGAAAGUACAGUUGUGAUGUUAAGUGUGAGAGUAGUUUCCAAGAGCUUAAGAAGCAAUUGACCAUGGCUCCCGUAUUAGCUUUGCCCAAUGGGAAAGAUAGUUACACGGCCAAUGUUGUAGCAGAUGCUUUAAGUCGAAAGGCUCAACUAGCAAGUUCCAUGGUGAGAGAGUGGAGCUUGUUAGAAGAUGUAUGUGAGUGGAAACCUCGUCUGGAACUGAAGAAGGUGAUUCUUGGAAAUAUUGAGGUGAAGUCGAUACUGUUGGAUCGAAUUAAAGAGGGCCAAGUAAAGGGCCCAAUGGUGCAAAAGUGGGUGGAAAAAGUGAAGAAAGGGGAGUUGCCUAACUUUAACCUAGGUCCUGAUGGAAUCUUAAAGUUCCGAAAUCAUGUUGUUGUACCUAGGGAUGAGGAGUUAAAGAGGGAGAUUUUGGAGGAAUCUCACCGCUCUAGGUAUACGGUGCACCCAGGGAACAAUAAGAGGUACCAAGAUCUAAAAAGUCUGUAUUGGUGGGAUAAUAUGAAGACGGAGAUUGCCCAAUUUGUGCAAAAGUAUCUUACGUGCCAACAAGUGAAAGAUGAGCAUAAAAAACCGCCAGGUCUGUUACAGCCUUUAGAGAUCCCUGAAUGA